UCAACUUGGUUUCUAUAUAAUAGUUUUGCAGACGACAACGGAGGCGGACAAACAGUGGCGGUUGUGGUUGGUUCCGUACGUUACCUCCUAUUCCAAAUUCGACACAUUCCGAAUACGUCGUUUCGAUCACCGUCAAAUUCAAUUAUCUCUCCCUUAGGAUUCGUUUUCCCCAACAGGGUCAAUGGCAUCUUCUGCAGACUCAUGGAUGAAGGAAUUUAAUGAAGCAUUAAAACUUGCUGAUGAUAUCAAUGGCAUGAUUUCUGAACGGAGUUCAUUGCCUACAUCAGGACCAGAUGCUCAGCGUCAUGCAUCUGCUAUACGAAGAAAGAUCACAAUAUUAGGGACUAGACUUGAUAGCUUACAGUCCCUUUUGUCGAAGCUUCCUGGAAAGCAGCCCAUAUUAGAGAAAGAGAUGAAUCGUCGCAAGGACAUGCUUGCAAAUUUGAGAUCAAAGGUUAACCAGAUGGCGUCAACAUUGAACAUGUCAAACUUUGCUAACAGGGACAGCUUGCUUGGCCCGGAAAUAAAGCAAGCUGAUGCCAUGAGCAGAGCAGCUGGCUUGGACAACUCUGGCCAUGUUGGUCUUCAACGGCAAAUUAUGAGAGAGCAAGAUGAAGGUCUUGAGAAGUUGGAGGAGACUGUAGUAAGUACAAAACAUAUUGCAUUGGCAGUCAACGAAGAACUUGACCUACAUACUAGGCUGAUCGAUGACUUGGACCAACAUGUGGAUGUUACGGACUCCAGGUUACGGCGGGUUCAGAAGCAUUUGGCGGUUUUGAAUAAGCGCACCAAGGGAGGUUGCUCAUGCAUGUGCAUGCUCCUGUCGGUUAUUGGGAUCGUGGUUCUGGUUGCUGUCAUAUGGUUGUUGAUCAAAUAUUUGUAAUUCCAACAAUGGCAAAACACCGCGCCAUCUUUCUCUUCGUAUGUGUUUGUUGGUGUGAAUUGGUUUUUCAUUGUUUCAUGUUAUCGUUC